GUAGCUAACGAGCCGAUCAAUGGUGAAGAGGAUAAAAGUAAAAGAGAGCUACUUAACUUUCAGUACCGGGACUCAAGAUACCUCACUCACCAAGAGAGACUAGAAUGUCUGCUUUAUAUGUUGGGCAUCUGUAUAAUUAAAUAUUCCAUACUUGCCCCAAAUUUAUACGAUUUUUAUAAAUCUCUUCAGCUUUUGAAUAGAGCAGACGUAACACAUAAACCUCGGGGCUACCAACUAAUUCAGGUUUUACGGUGUUAUAAAAGUCUUUAUUUUAUUGGUACACGAGCAUGUUCUGGUCUAGCUAAUUUUACAGUUUCAAGUAAAAGCUCAGGAAACCACAAAAAAGUUAGAUCACUAUAUGCCAAUAAAAGUUUUAAGCUGUUUUAGCAGCUAUCUUAAUUCCACAUCCAUUCUCCUGUUUACUUGGUAGGUAGUGAGUAAAUGACCGUCAGGGAAUAUUAACUAAACUCGACAAAAUAUUACAGAGGAUUAUUUCACAGUCUUCUUCGUUUUAUACAUAAUCAUGUGGAAAUACAUGAGUCUGCAGCAACGAGGCUAAUAAACGCCCAGAGUAAGAACAUAGAAGCAUGUGGCUUCUCAUUCUCCCAUUACACCAUGUACAAUACUACACAUGUCAACUUAUUUUUGCGUCAGUUUCUCGAUAAUUUUAAGAACUGGGAGCUCUAGGAAUAACCAACUGUGAGCUCCACAUAUGACCAGACACACGACCAGCUAAUAGGCUGUGGUAGCCGGUGUCAGUGGCGAAGAGGACAAAUAUUGAUAGUAUUGACAAUGUUCUUGUGUACCACAUGCCUAACACAUUCUAACUUUGGUAAGAAGUAACAUAAUAUAUAAUGGAUAUAUAUAAUAAAAUAAAGGCAGCAUAUAAACAUACACAUAUAUAACAACAUGGCCACACGCGGGAAAUAAUAUACCGUAACCAAACACCCUCAUUUAAUGUUAGGGUGUUUAGUCAUCGGGUGAAAUAAGCAGUGGUUCUUUAUUAUGAGAUCGUGCGCGUGCCUCUGAUUAUUGUGUCCCGGGUUCAAAUCCCCAAGCCAGAUAUAGGAAGGGUAUUAUCGUGAUAAUACCAAACACCAUUACCAAAUUUUCUCUGGGUAGUCCGGUUUCUUCCUAUACUAACGCUAGACAUUGCAGGGGGUUGAUUUAAGGGGUGGAAUAAAAUCAAAUUUCAUCUUGCUCCAUUUUAUCGCUGUUAUGUUAGUGGCGUUGAUAUUCAAAUGCUUCAUUAACGUAGAAACUAAAGCCAUCACUGAAUUAAGGUAUCCGUUUUAAUGUCUGGGAUCAUCAUUUUCACCCUGCAAAGUUAUAUGACUGGAUCAUCCGAUGAGUUAAGUGAAACAGAUAAAAGUGACUAGUUUUGAUGAGACAGAUUUUAAUUAGAAAUAAUAAAUUUUAGGAAUGUAAAGAAUCCCUCAAAACUCUCAAAUCUCGAACUUCAUUUAAAUUAAACGUAAAAUAGAUGGCUUUGAAGGAUUAUAGCCAGGGGUCAACCGGUCAAGGUUACGGUCAUUUCUGGAAAUGUUCGCACCUUGUAUAUCAUAUUCAUUCCCUCUGCAUAUCUGUUCUUUCUCUGGUUCAUUUUUCGUAGUGCCAAGUACUACAAGAAUACAUGAGAAUAUGCUGACAUGAGUAUCUGGCAACAGUGAGCAACGAGGAGGGCUCGCCUGAACCCUAGUGAGUUGUGAAACUCGGGACUGGGAGAGUGGGGGAUCCGAGUCAAAAACUUCUGAGUCCUGACCCAAUCUAAUCAGUCUCCGGUUGUCCUUGCUACUGCGAAGACGUGGGAAUUUUUCUCAACAGUUUAUUUAUUUUUUUUAUCCCACACGGGUGGCCACUCAUUGGAGCGUCACGGUUGCAGUGGUGGUGAUCAUCGACCAGGAUGUUGCUGAUAGCUCUAGUGGUGUUGCUACUUGCUCGCUUUACCUACCGCGCGUACUCUGGAAGGUGCACCAGCAAAAGGACCCUCCGAGGCUUUACUGCCAUCGUCACCGGCGGCUCUGCAGGUAUUGGGAAGGAGGCAGCACGGGACCUAGCGGGGCGCGGAGCUCGUGUUAUUCUUGCUUGUAGAAACCAGGUGAAGGCACAGAUGGUGGCAGAUGAAAUCAUGAGCGCCACAGGCAACAAGGAGGUGCUGGUGAGGAAGCUUGACACGGCAGACCUACAGUCAGUCAGAAGUUUCGCACAGGGGAUUCUAGAGACGGAGGAAGCCCUCCACAUCUUGGUGAAUAACGCAGGUAUGUAUGGUACUGAGGAGCGGGAAGUGUCACCUGAUGGACUGGAGAUAACCAUGGCUACCAACUACUACGGCCACUUCCUCCUUACCAACCUCCUCCUCGAGCUCCUCAAGAAGAGCGCUCCCAGCCGCAUCAUCAAUGUGUCUUCAGCUGCUCAUUUGUUCACCAGGAAUAUUAACAUCAAAGAUCUUAACUUCGAGAAGAAAUCUUAUGGCGCCUUUUCAGCAUAUUCCCAGAGCAAACUGUGCAACAUUUUGUUUAGCCUCGAGCUGUCCAAGAAACUACGUGGCUCAGGUGUGAUGGUGAACAGCCUGCACCCCGGUACUGUGUCAACAGAAAUCUUUUUGAAGGAGGAGAGGACCCGCAGCUUGCCCAUAAAAGUGAUUUGUCACUUACUUAAUAUUAUUGUCAAGGUUGCUGGCAAGGACAGUGAACUGGGGGCUCAGACCAUCAUCCACUUAGCUGUGUCAGAAAAAGUGGAACAAGUGUCAGGCAAAUACUUUGAAGACUGUAAGGAAGUGGGAAGCUCAUGGUUGGCUCAGGACAAAGCAGUGGCCAAAUCACUGUGGGAAAUAAGCGAAGUAGAUGUACAGCUUCGCCCCUCAGAAAUGUACUAUUAGAAUCAGGCUGUAUGAGAUGUAUUUGGUGAAGGGUGUAUGGAGGCUAUAUGCUGUGUGGAAGAAUUUAUUUAUUUAUUUAUUUUAUAUUUUUAAUGGGGAGCCCACCCGGGCACGGGUCAAUGACCCACACCAGG